GUCACUGACAUGUGAAUUCUGCAUGACCUUGCCGUUAAAUUUCUCGGUUGUCCGUGUCCUCUUCACUUCGGCACUUGUGCUUCACGCGCGUCGGACGCAUUUCUAUAGCUCCUGUUGCAUAGUAGACUACGGAUCUAAAGAAUGGCAGACUAUAAGGAAACGAGGAACCUGAGGUUCAAGUACCGCAGCCUGUUGAUCGGGGUGGUGGCAAGCGGAGUCGUGCUGGCCAUAGUGAUCGGCCUCGCCGUCGGCUUGACAAUACAACGAUGCAACGAGCGCAAACAGGAAAUUGUCCACGUCGGUCUGCUGUUUCCGACCAACGACGAGUCAGCUGAUGGUAUGAGGGAAGCGGCGAUGAUGGCCGUGGAUGACAUCCGUGUCCAUCGGGAGAAGGUACCGUCAGCUGCGGACAUCCAGGUCCACACCGGGGACUACGAUGGAUCUCCAGACGGGGCUCUGCAAACUUUCCGCCGCCUGUACAGCCAGCAGGACGUGCGUCUGUUCGUGGGUCCCGACACCAGCAGCCAUGCGGUCCAUGUGGCGGAGUGGGCGAUGGUGAACGCACCGGACGCGGUCUUCAUCUCUCCACGAGCAACAUCCGAACGACUUGCCAACGCAACGAACGCCAUACGCCUCAGCAUGGGCGACCAUGCUCUUGCUCUGGCCUUGUACCUCAAAAUGCAAAGUAACAGCGUUUCCGUCGUCAUCCCGGUACACAUCGAGGACAUUUACUCUACGGGCCUGGUGCAGAGGAUUCGCGACCUGGCAGACGAUAUGAUGGACGACAUUGCAGUCACUACCAGUAUCAGCUACGCUCCGGGGACAAUCACUAACAAGGAAGAAGCGGGGAGGCUGACUGAACAACUUCGCGACGCCCUCAGGGACAACCCAGAUGCAGUCGUCCUCCUUGUGUCGUAUUCAGAAGCCCAGGUUAUCCUGGAAGCAGCCAAUGGUGACAGCACCCUGUUGGGCCGCAUGUGGUACACCGGGGACUCCUUGGCUCUCCGAGAGGACAUUCUGAGUUCUGAUGACGCAAAGCAGUCUGCACAAAUGGUAAGCCUGUACGGACUGGCCUACGCUGGGGAGGAGCUCCACAGCAAACGGAGGAUGCGCAAGAUGCAGAAGCUUGCUGAUCGCCUGAAACGCUCGCCUCCAAUGUUUGCUCCGCUGGCCUAUGACGCCGUCAACCUGAUCUACGACACGUGUCAGAUAAUGCAAACCACCGAUGCUCAGGUGGUUCUUGCACACCUUACCCGCGAGGCAGAAUGGCAGAACGGACUGUCCGGCAGACUGGCGAUCGACUCCCAGAUGGGACGCGCGUUCGGAGAUUUCCUGCACUCGUUCGUCGCUCCACAGAUUCCAGACAUCGGCAAGGUUACCGUCGCCAUGACAGGGUCCUGGAUUCUGGACGGACUGUCGCAGGUAUCUCACGACGACGGGUCUGACCAGCAAGGCGGCAGGAGAAGUGAACCGGAGGUAGCGGUAUCUGACAUGAUGUCCAUGUCCGCUGUGAUGUCCACUGCCAUGUCGUCUGCCUCGAUCUUUAACAGGUCUGAUGUCAUGGCAUUGAAAGCAAAGGCUGGAAACGACUGUCACAACGCGAAGUUUUUCAUCACUGCUACGGAUCCAGCAACAUACAUGCAGGUAGAACACGACUUCACAGACGCCACAUUCCCGGAGAUGUUCAUAGUUUCUACUGCCUACGGCUACAGUCUACAGAUGAGCUGUGACAAGCCGGAAGGGCCCGUGGUGUUGGACGUCCUCUGCCCGCCAAGCACCAACCCUAGAGACAACAUGGCCUGUGUGGAAACCGUCACCUAUCCCGUUACUGAUCAGGGUGGCCGCCGCCGCCUACUGUUGUCUACAGGCACCAUCGGAGCUAUUGGAGAAUGUAUCGGGGAGGUUGCCGGGUGUGCUGUUUGCUUCGGUACCCGGGUUCUGUUCGAGUCCAGCAUAUUGGACAGUGCAGCUGCAUGUGCGGAGCCCUGCGCAUUCGGCAUUGGAGGCACCUGUGGUAACGCCAUUGGAGAGGGUAUUGGUGACGCUGUAGCAGCUACUGUUAUCUGCACUGAACUUUUUGUCCAAGGCCACCUGGAUGCGCAGACGUACCUGGCUGAUGCCGCCUUUGGUCGCCAGCUGGCUGCCGAGUCCCCACACGUGAUGGAAGGGUACCACACCCUGGCCAGCCCCAUCGUCUGGCUCAUGCAGCGGUCUGACACGGCUACAGACAUCGUCAAGACCUUUGCCCUACCCUGGGCCCAGCAUAUGAGCUACCUACAGGGCAUGGCGGAUGAAGGGGACGAGUUCGGGGCCGUUGUCAUGGAGAUAGGGAUGACCCUGAGCGGUGCAGUGGGGAGGGUCACACAGGGGACCAGGGCUGUCAUUGCGCUUGGUGAUGUCAUCCUUAUCCCUGUCCUCAUCGCCAUGGUUACCAUUGUGGCAUGUCUUGCUAUGUGCAACUUUGGCAUGAAAUGAUUAGAGAUCCUUACGGUGUGCUUACAUGUAGGUAAUCCCGAAUUAAGAUUUGAUUGGUUUUUGUACCAGAUAUACCAUAAAAUAUAAUCUUAUAUUUAGAUCACGCAAAAAAUCUGCAUAGGUAAAGUAGCUAUGCACUGUUCUUUGUUUUUUUUAAACAAUUCAAGUUGACAAGGAGACUGUUAGCCUGGAAAUGCUUCAUUUUGACAUUGUUGAAUAGUGCACAUCAUAGCUACAGUUGUAAUCAUAUGUUAUUCCACAGCCAAAUGAGAAAUAGAAGUGGCAAUAGAAUGUUUAUCCCUAUGUAGCGAGUAACAAGUGAUACUCAAUGUCGCCUUACUUAUCAGCAGGGUCUACAUUGUGAAAUCUAUUAAGACAUAGCCUUAAGGUCCUAAUUCAUCUAAGUAC